UUACCACGACUUCUUCAUUUGUUCUUCCAUUCUUCUCCUCCUCGCCUCUUGGUAAGAAGAAGAGCAAAGAAGAGAGAUCAUACUGUCAUAAAAUUCUUGCAGUCGAAUCGAAAAGUUCUUAAGAACUGUCAGCAGGGGAGAAACAGAGGAAAAAAAUCUUGGGGUUGAAGAUGGCGAAGCGGAAUGUAAUGGUGACGGAGGAGAUGGCCAUCACGGCGGCGGCGGCGGGGAAGGUGGCGAACUCGUCGUCCUCACACUUUUCGUUCCCGCCGCCGCGUGGGAACAGUGGGAGUGUUAAUUUUUCCAACUUUAAGAAACUUCUAACCCAACUUGAGAUCAACGGUAGCAGUGGAAGGAUCCAUGGAUGGGUCGACUCGAUGAAGGCGUCGUCUCCAACGCAUAUCAAAUCGGGUUCUCUGCUCGCGUCGCCUGUUGCGGCCUCUCAUGACGAAGAGUAUGAGAACUGGAUGAAACAACACCCGUCGGCGUUAAAAAUAUUCGACGAGAUAACGGCUGCAUCCAACGGCAAGCAGAUCGUGAUGUUCCUGGACUACGACGGAACCUUGUCUCCGAUCGUCGACGACCCUGACCUUGCCUUCAUGUCCGAAAACAUGAGAUCGGCUGUUAGGGAAGUGGCAAGGCGUUUCCCAACUGCUAUUGUGAGCGGGAGGUGCAGAGAUAAGGUGUACAGCUUUGUACAAUUAGCGGAGUUGUACUACGCCGGAAGCCAUGGCAUGGACAUCAAAGGACCUGCCAAACAGCCCAAGCACACGAAAGCUAAGGCCAAAGCAGUUCUCUUUCAACCAGCUAGUGAGUUCCUGCCCACGAUAGAUUCGGUUUAUAAAGCAUUGGUCACGAAAACUGAAUCCACCCAUGGGGCUAAGGUGGAGAACAACAAGUUCUGUGUAUCAGUUCACUUCCGGUGUGUCGACGAGAAGAAAUGGGGUGCGUUAGCCGAGCAGGUCAGAUCAGUGCUCAAGGACUACCCUGAACUCCGGCUCACCCAAGGAAGAAAGGUGUUGGAGAUUCGUCCUCCUAUCAAAUGGGACAAGGGGAAGGCCCUUGAGUUUCUAUUAGAGUCUCUUGGAUUUGCCGACUGUAACGACGUGCUGCCAAUAUAUAUUGGAGAUGAUCGCACUGAUGAAGAUGCUUUCAAGGUUUUGCGGGAUAGAGGACAGGGUAUAGGCAUUCUUGUUUCCAAACUUCCAAAAGAAACCAGUGCCUCCUUUUCUCUCGGUGAGCCUGCCGAGGUUAUGAACUUUUUACGUCGCCUGGUGGACUGGAAGCGUCUCUCCCACAAGGAACGUGGCCAUCAUCCCCAUGAACGUCUCGGCCGGCUUGGGAUUAAAUGAGAGGAGCUCUUUUCUCUCUCAAGGAGAAAGAGUCGUAUAAAUAAUGAUGUAUCUCCCUUUUCUUCUUGUAGCCAUUUAGCCUUUUCCCCGCUAUUUCAAACUUGGGCAGGCUUUAAAGCACAUCACCUUGUCUUUCUUGCCUUAUCAAAUUGUUUUCUCCAUACAGGAUAUGGUAUCAUAUUUUUCUCACGA